GCUCACCCCUUGCACACUCGCACGUGACACGCUCACGUGACCCCUCCGUUGCACGCCCCCCACGCGCGCGACCCCCCCACGUGACCCGCCUGCACACUCAUUGCACACCCGUCUCCCCUCGCGCCGCCCGCCCCGACCAAUCAGAUCGCUGUUGCCAGGCAGAUUUCAGCCCCUCCCGCCCCGCCACAUCCGGGCGCUCACCCCUGGCCGGCGAAGGGGAGGGGGGCAAGCUCAUCCAAUCACAGCCGCGGCCGCCGCCGUAUCCGGGCAGACCAGCGGCGCCGCGGCCAAUCAGAAAAAAAGAAGGGGCCGCGCGCGGCGGGCGAGGGGCGCGUCCACUUUCGGUUCGCGCGGGGGGCGCGGGGCACGUGGCGGGACCCCUCCCCUCCCCCCCCCCCUCGGGACCCCCCGAGCAGGACGGGACCAGCGGGACGCGGCUGCUAUGGCUGACGGGGAGUUGGGGACCAGAGCCACCCGGAGGGGCACUUUGUCACCGGGCAGUGCCCGCGGCGGUGCCACCGAGUCCAGCACGCUGCUCCAGGAGCUCCGGGGCAACAUCUCCAAAUCCGUGCAGAGCAAGGUGGACUCCAUCCUGCAGGAUGUGCAGAAGUUCUCGGACAGCGACAAACUCUACCUGUACCUGCAGCUGCCCUCGGGGCCCAGCCUGGGCGAGAAGAGCGGCAGCGGCUCCUCACUGGAGCUGAGCGCGCUGGGCACGGCCGAGCACAUGCACGCCUGCAGCUGGAUCCGCAACCACCUGGAGGAGCACACGGACACCUGCCUGCCCAAGCAGGACGUCUACGACGCCUACAAGCGCUACUGUGACAACCUCGGCUGCCGCCCGCUGAGCACGGCCAACUUCGGCAAGAUCAUCCGGGAAAUCUUCCCGAGCAUCAAAGCCCGGCGCCUGGGAGGCCGCGGACAAUCCAAGUACUGCUAUGGCGGGAUCCGGAGGAAGACCGUGGUCAGCCUUCCUCCCCUGCCCAGCCUGGACCUCAAAGUGACCGAGACGGCGGAGCUGGCCGAGCUGGCGCACUCCUACAGCAGCGAGGUGACGGAGGCCGCGUGUGCCCUGACGUGCGACUGGGCCGAGAAGAUCCUGCGCCGCUCCUUCAACAACAUCGUGGAGGUGGCGCAGUUCCUGCUGCAGCAGCACAUCAUCAGCCCCCGCUCAGCCCACGCCGACCUGCUCAUGGCCAUGGUGGUCCAAGAGAGCACGGACAAGCCCCCGCAGGAGCCUCGGCCAGCCGCAGCCCCCAAGAAGAACGGCCCGGACCCCUCGGACAGCGGGCAGGAGCAGGCCAAGAAGGACGCGGUGCCCAAGGGCCCCGUUCCCCCGCGGCCGGACAAGAAGAAGGCGGCGGAGGCGGCGCGGCCGGGCAGCAGCCCGCAGGUGAACGCGCUGGUGGCGCGGCUGCCGCUGCUGCUGCCCCGCGCCCCCGCCACCGAGCGGCCCCCGGGCCCCGGUGCUGCUCCGGCCCCGCCGGUGCUGGUGCCGCGGCUGACGGCGGCGCCGCUGGGCGGCACGGUCAAGGUGGCGCUGCCGCUGCCCGUGGGCACCGCGCUGGCCCCGGGCCCCGCCGCCAUCCCCGUGCUCAACGUGCUGCUGCCCGGCGUGGGGGUCCCCGCGGCCGAGACCCCCGGCGGCGGGGCCCGGGCGGCGGGGGACGGCGAGGGACAGCGCGGCAAGGGCACCAAGCGGGCGCUGGAGGCGGCCGCGGAUGGCAGCGCGCACAAGAGGCGGCGCGGGAGGCCCCGCAAGCGGCCCGAGGACGCGGCGAUGUCACCCGAGGACGCGGAGGUCCCCAGGGGGGAUGAGGGAGGGGAUUCGCCGCCCCCAGCGGGGUCACCCGGGGGUGGCAGUGCCACCGCGCCCGGUGGGGACAGGGGCAUCGCUGGCGGUGCUGCUGAGACUGCUGGGGAUAGCAUGGAGGUUGACGGUGACACGGUGGCUGGUGGGGACAGCCCGGUCAGUGGCAGUGCCACUGUCUCCCCUGGGGACAGCCUGUUCAAUGGCAGUGCCACUGUCCCCCUUGGGGACAGCACGGUCAGUGGCAGUGCCACCACCCCCACUGGGGACAGCUCAGUCAGUGGAAGUGCCACUGUCCCCCUUGGGGACAGCCCAGUCAGUGGCAAUGCCACUGUCCUCCUUGGGGACAGCCCAGUCAGUGGCAGUGCCACUGUCCCCCUUAGUGACAGUUCGGUCGGUGGCAGUGGUGCUGUACCCCUUGGGGACAGCAUGGUCAAUGGGAGUGCCACUGUCCCUGUUAGUGACAGCCCGGUCAGUGACAGUGCCAGCGUCCCUCCGGGGGACAGCUCAGUCAGUUGCAGUGUCACUGUCCCUGUUAGUGAUAGUGCAGUCAGUGGCAGUGCCACUGUCCCCAUUAGUGACAACUCAGUCAGUGACAGUGCCACUGUCCCUGUUAGUGACAGCUUGGUCAGUGACAGUGCCACUGUCCCCAUUAGUGACAGCCCGGUCAGUGACAGUGCCACUGUCCCUGUUAGUGACAGCUUGGUCAGUGACAGUGCCACUGUCCCUGUUAGUGAUAGUGCAGUCAGUGACAGUGCCACUGUCCCCAUUAGUAACAGCCCGGUCAGUGACAGUGCCACUGUCCCCCUUGGGGACAGCUCAGUCAGUGACAGUGCCACUGUCCCCCUUGGGGACAGCUCAGUCAGUGACAGUGCCACUGUCUCUGUUAGUGACAGCCCGGUCAGUGACAGUGCCACUGUCCCCCUUGGGGACAGCUCAGUCAGUGACAGUGCCACUGUCUCUGUUAGUGACAGCCCGGUCAGUGACAGUGCCACUGUCCCCCUUGGGGACAGCUCAGUCAGUGACAGUGCCACUGUCCCCCUUGGGGACAGCUCAGUCAGUGACAGUGCCACUGUCUCUGUUAGUGACAGCCCGGUCAGUGACAGUGCCACUGUCCCCCUUGGGGACAGCUCAGUCAGUGGCAGUGCCACUGUCCCCCUUAGGGACAGCUCAGUCAGUGACAGUGCCACUGUCUCUGUUAGUGAUAGCCCGGUCAGUGACAGUGCCACUGUCCCCCUUGGGGACAGCUCAGUCAGUGGCAGUGCCACUGUCCCCCUUAGGGACAGCUCAGUCAGUGACAGUGCCAUUGUCCCUGUUAGUGACAGCCCAGUCAGUGGCAGCGUCCUUGGUGGUGGCUCUGCUGGUGGGGGCAGUUCCACUGUCCCCCCUAGUGACAGCUCAGUCAGUGGCAGUGGCACUGUCCCCCCUAGUGACAGCCUGGUCAGUGGCAGUGCCACUGUCCCCCUUGGGGACAACCCAGCUGAGGGAGGUGCCACCACCCCCCUUAGGGACAGCCCGGUCAGUGGCAGUGUCAGCAUCCCUGGUGGUGGCAGUGCCACUGUCCCUGUCGGGGGCAGCUCGCCCAUGGCCAGUGACGCUGAGGACGGGUGGGACACUGGCAGUGCCACUGAGGAGGAUGGACCCGUCACUGGCAGUGCCACUAUGGAGGACAGGCUGGACUCUGGCAGUGCCACUGUCCCCAUCAAGGACAGCUCAUCCCGGGCCAGUGCCACCGCUGGGGACAGGCCGGUCACCAGGAGUGCCACCAUUCCCAUCAGGUGCAGCCCAGCUGGUGGCAGUGCCAUCAGUCCUGUCAGGGACAAGCCAGUCCCCGGCAGUGCCACUGUCCCCAGUAAGGACAGCCCCUCCAGGGCCAGUGCCACCAGGGACAGGGCGGUUGCUCGAAGUGCCACUGUCCCCACUGCUGAUGGCAGCGCAAGCAUCCCUGGCAAGGACAGUCCCUCCAGGAUCAGUGCCACCAGUGGGGACAGGCCAGCCAGGGGCAGUGGCACCAUCACGGACAGCACAGCUGGUGGCAGUGGCACCAUCCCCGUCAAGGACAGUCUGGCCAGGGCCAGUGCCACCGUCCCCAGGCAGGACAGCUCAUCCCAGGGCAGUGACGCUGCUGGGGACAGGCCGGUCACCAGGAGUGCCAGCAUCCCUGCCAGGGACAGCCCAGCUGGUGGCACUGGCACUGUCCCUGUCAAGACCAGUCCAUCCCGGGGCAGUGCCACCACUGGGGACAGCCGCAGUGUCACUGCCUCUGUCAAGGACAAGCCAGUCCCUGGCAGUGCCACCGUCCCUGUCAGGGACAGCUCACCCCGGGCCAGUGCCACCACUGGGGACAGGCCGGUCACCAGGAGUGCCACCGUCCCUGCCAGGGACAGCCCAGCUGGUGGCAGUGCCACUGUCCCUGUCAAGGACAAGCCAGUCCCUGACAGGACCACCAUCCCCGUUAGGGACAGCUCAUCCCGGGGUAGUGACACUGCUGGGGACAGGCCGGUCACCAGGAGUGCCACCGUCCCUGCCAGGGACAAGCCAGGCCCUGGCAGUGCCACCAUCCCUGUCAGGGACAGCUCAUCCCGGGCCAGUGCCACCACUGGGGACAGGCCGGUCACCAGGAGUGCCACCAUCCCUGCCAGGGACAGCCCAGCUGGUGGCAGUGCCACUGUCCCCAGUAAGGACAGCCCCUCCAGGGCCAGUGCCACUGGAGACAGGCCAGUCGGUGGCAGUGCCACCGUCCCUGCCAGGGACAGCUCACCCCAGGGCAGUGGCACUGCUGGGGACAGGCCGGUCACCAGGAGUGCCACCGUCCCUGCCAGGGACAAGCCAGUCUCCAGCAGUGCCACUGUCCCCAGGAGGGACAGCUCCCCCAGGGGCAGUGGCACUGGGGACAAAGCGGUGACCGGCAGUGCCACCGUCCCUGCCAGGGACAAGCCAGUCAGUGGCAGUGCCACCAUUCCUGUCAAGGACAGCUCACCCCGGGCCAGUGCCACCACUGGGGACAGGCCGAUCACCAGGAGUGCCACUGUCCCUGUCAGGGACAGCCCAGCUGGUGGCCGUGCCACUGCACCAGUCAAGGACAGUCUGGCCAGGGGCAGUGCCACCCCUGGGGACAGAUCAGUCAGGGGCAGUGCCACCGUCCCUGCCAGGGACAAGCCAGUCUCCAGCAGUGCCACUGUCCCCAGGAGGGACAGCUCACCCAGGGACAGUGGCACUGGGGACAGAGCGGUGACCGGCAGUGCCACCGUCCCUGCCAGGGACAGCCACUCCAGGAGCAGUGCCACCACUGGGGACAGGCUGAGCAGGGGCAGUGCCACUGUCCCUGUUAGGGACAGGUCACCCAGAGACAGUGGCACUGGGGACAGGCUGAGCAGGGGCAGUGGCAGUGUCCCCACCAGGGACAGGUCACCUAGGGCCACUGCUGUUGGGGACAGGCCAGUGAGGAGCAGUGCCACCGCUGGGGACAGGCCGGGCAGGGGCAGUGCCACCGUCCCUGUCAGGGACAGCGCAACCAGGGGCAGUGCCACCACCGGGGACAGGCCAGGCAGGAGCAGUGCCACCACUGGGGACAGGCCAGUUGCUGGCAGUGGCAAUGUCCCCAUCAGGGACAGCUCAGACGGUGGCAGUGCCACCAUCCCUGUUAAGGACAGGUCAGCGAGAGCCAGUGGCACCACUGGGGACACGCUGGGCAGGGGCAGUGCCACCACUGGGGACAGGCCAGGCAGGGACAGUGCUGCUGUCCCCGUCAGAGACAGCACAGCUAGGGGCAGUGCCACCCCUGGGGACAGAUCCGUCAAGGGCAGUGCCACCGUCCCUGCCAGGGACAAGCCAGUCUCCAGCAGUGCCACUGUCCCCAGGAGGGACAGCUCACCCAGGGGCAGUGGCACUGGGGACAGAGAGGUGACCGGCAGUGCCACUGUCCCUGUUAGGGACAGCCACUCCAGGAGCAGUGCCACCUCUGGGGACAGGCUGAGCAGGGGCAGUGCCACUGUCCCUGUUAGGGACAGGUCACCCAGAGACAGUGGCACUGGGGACAGGCUGAGCAGGGGCAGUGGCAGUGUCCCCACCAGGGACAGCGCAGCCAGGGGCAGUGGCACUGGGGACAGGCCAGUUAGUGGCAGGGCCAUUGUCCCUAUCAGGGACAGCGCAGCCAGGGGCAGUGCCACCUCUGGGGACAGGCCGGGCAGGGGCAGUGCCACUGUCCCCGUCAGGGACAGGUCACCCAGAGACAGUGGCAGAGGGGACAGGCUUGGCAGGGGCAGUGCCACCACUGGGGACAGGCUGGUCACUGCCAGGGGCAGUGUCCCCAUCAGGGACAGCGCAGCCAGGGCCAGUGGCAACGGGGUCAGGCUGGUCAGGGAUGGUGCCACCGUCCCUUUCAGGGACAGGUCCCCCAGGGCCAGUGGCACUGUCCCCAUCAGGGACAGGUCCCCCAGGGCCAGUGGCACUGUCCCCACCAGGGACAGGUCCCCCAGGGCCCCUGACACUAGGGACAGGCCGGGCAGGAGUAGUGCCACUGUCCCCACCAGGGACAGCCCAUCCAGGGGCACUGCCACCGUGCCCGUUGAGGACAGGCCGGUCAGUGGCACUGCUGGGGACAGGCCGGUCAGUGGCACUGCCACCGUGCCCGUUGAGGACAGGCCGGUCAGUGGCACUGCUGGGGACAGGCCGGUCAGUGGCACUGCCACCGUGCCCGUUGAGGACAGGCCGGUCAGUGGCACUGCUGGGGACAGGCUGGUCACUGACAGUGGCACCCCUCCUGGCAGGGACUGCCCCUCCAGGGACAGUGGGACUGCUGGGGACAGGCUGCUCUCUGGCAGUGCCACCGUCCCUGUCAAGGACAGCCUAUCCAGGGGUACUGCCACCAUCGUGGACACGCCCGUCACCAGCAGUGUCACCGGCACUGCCACCGUCCCCGUCAGCGACAGCCCCUUCUGGGCCUACGGCACCCCUGGGGACAGCGCGGCGGCCGGCAGUGCCACCGUGCCCGUCAGGGACUGCCCGUCCAGGGGCACUGCCACCAUCGUGGACGCGCUGGUCACGCUCAGCGGCACUGUGAUGGACAGGAGGAUCCUGGGCAGCAUCACCGUCCCCGUCAAGGCCAGCCUGGCCAGGGGCACCGUCACCAUCGUGGACACGCCCGUCUUUGUCAGUGCCACCGUCCUUGUUGGGGACUCCAUCCCCAGGGUCACCGCCGCCAUCGUGGAAUCGAGGGUGCCUGCCCACGCCAUCCUCCCCCUCGGGGACACGCUGGCCUGUGGCAGUGCCACCAUCCCUGUCAGGGACUGCCCGUCCAGGGACGGUGCCACUGUCCCCAUCGGGGACUGCCCAUCUGGGGACAGUGCCACGCUCCCUGUUGGGGCCGGGUCAGUGGGUGGCAGUGCCACCGUCCCUGUCAGGGAGUGCCCAUCGAGGGACGGUGCCACCGUCCCUAUCAGGGACUGCCCGUCCAGGGGCAGCGCCACCCUUGGGGACAGGCACAUCCCUGGCAGUCCCCCCGUCAUGGACACACCAGUCAGUGGCAGCGCAGCCAUCCCUGUCAGGGACUGCCCGUCCAGGGGCAGCGCCACCCUUGGGGACAGGCCUGGCAGUGGCAGUGGCGCCCUUGGGGACAGGCCUGGCAGUGCCACCGCGCCCGCCAGGCCCAUCACUCCUGUCCGCGUCAGUGUCAUCAGGGACGGCAGGAUGGGCGCCAGGGUGGCACCAGAGGCUGUGGCACAGCGGGGGCACAGCCAGGCCGGGUCGCCCAUGGGGGACACACAGGGACAACCCUGCUCCGGGCACCACGAAGCACACACGAGGGCGGGCACAGGGAUGGGGUCCCCUGCACCACACCAGUAAAAACCAGUAAAAACCA